AUGUUGAAGCGGCCGCGGAAUAUAGCUGUGGUAGGGGCAGGCCCAUGCGGUCUUGCGGCUUCUCGGACACUUUUGAAGAGCGGUGUCCACGUCACGUUGUUGGAAAAGGAGUCUCUGCCUGGGGGUUUGAUACGGAGCUCGGUUUCGCCGUUUAGUUUCAAGAUACGAGGUCUGGGGGACUCUCUGAUAGACGGCUUACGUGAUGAAGUCAAUGACUGUGCAGCAAGUUUUGGUAACCGAUUUGUUUUCCGUCCCGGUAUGGAGAUUUCACCUGCCAAGUUACGAGAGCUCAGUAGAGUAUACGACGGCAUAAUUGUCGCCUGGGGGGGCGAUUGUAAGCCGAAAAGACCCCACGGUCUGAAUGUAACCUCUAUUCCGGUUUUGCCUUGCCAGUACUUCCUCCAAUACCUGAAUAGGCUACCUAAACCAGAUCGUCUGAAUGAGAGUAGCAAUGUGAACCUGACGGCCGAAGGCACCAUUGACGGAGACAUUAACGAAGGCACCAUUGACGGAGACGUUAACGAAGACAUCAACGAAGACAUUAACGAAGACAUUGACGAAGACAUUGACGAAGACAUUGAUGAAGACAUUGAUGAAGACAUUGACGAGAGCACCAUUAAUCUGAGUACCAGUAAAGCGAAGUGCGAGGCAUGGAAAAGGACACCCCGCCUUGGGCUGGGUCACGCUGGCGAGGAUCCCGAUUCGCAUACAGUCCUUGCUGGCAACGCUCCCGAGAAUAUGACGUCAACGUACUUUUAUUCGGAAGAAGAGGACAGUCCAAACAAUCAUGAUGGUCGUAAUGAUGAUGGUCGGAAUAAUGAUGGUCGUAAUGAUGAUGGUUAUCCAAGUUACUUCCGAAAGCGGGAUAUAGAUGUUGACAAGGUACUGAAAAAUCUAAAGGGAAGAAAUGUUCUGAUUAUGGGUUUUGGGAAUGUGGCUCUGGAUAUUAUGGGAUUACUAAUGGCCGAAGAGUUCUGUGUAGCUGCAGAUAAUAUGAGUCUUAACCAACUUGCUACCCUUUCUGGUUUAAAUAUAUCUCGAACUUAUGUGGUUGGACGUGGAUCAGUAUUCAAUGCCAAGUGGAGUGCCGGGACCUUCCGGAGAAAUGUUACAAAGCUAGCUAACCUUUUGGUUCUGCCGCACGGUAGCACGUCCAAGUCUCCUCGUAUUGAACAAAUCUUUGAGGAAUAUUGUACUAGAGGGCCAUUGAAAACGGAAAUUGAGAACUUAGAUAAUAGCUCAGUUAUACAAACAGACUCGUCUGUGAACGGUGAGAAACGGCGAGAGGUAGAAGUGCUUGAAAAUGUUACAUUGAUAGAGGAAAUGGCCCCUGGUGUUGUCCGGUUAAUCCAUGGUAAUAACGGUGCCGUUCGUGAGCUGGACAACAUUGGUUUAAUUAUCCCGUGCACUGGUUUCGCAUCCGUGAAUGAAGAUUUCAGAAAGGACUAUGAGUCUGGUGGUUACGCCUGUCCCGUAUAUCUCGUCGGCUGGGCCAUGGAGCCUAGCGGUGGGGCUGGUUCUAAUAUAGCCAACGUCGACUCGGCAGUGGAGGACUUGGUGGAGCGUUUAAAAGCGGCGGAUGAUACUGGUGAAGGUCCGGCAGCGGAUGACGGCGAAUGGGGGAAAACCCUCAAGCUGUUAGCACUAGAUCGCGAGGCUAGGUCUCUAAGAAAAGCCCGGUGGGCUUUAGGUCUUGCACCUGCACCUAAUGGCUGA